UGUGUGUGUGUGUGUGUGUGUGUGUGUGUGUGUGUGUGUGUGUGUGUGUCUCCAGUAGCGGCUCUUCAUCAUCAGUGAGAGGGGAACCCAGCUUCACUUUAGAUGAAGCGCUGCUGCUGUACCGGAGGGAGAGCGCGCGCGGCGGAACACCGGGCUCCGCGGCGGGAUCCGAGCACAAGAUCGCGGUCCGGGAACAAAUGAAAUGAAUCCUAACAGCUGGAAGAAGUUUCCGUCUAGAAUUUCCUGAAAUGAUGAUGAUGAUGAUUUCAUUUUCCUUCCUCUGUUUUGUGAAGAAAAAUCUUUAAACGCGUUCAAUAAGAGAGUAAUGCACAUCUAGAGAACAAAGAGAAGGGAGAGAGUAACGCAGCGAAUGUCCCUUGAUCCAUGAAGCACACUAAGGGUAAACGAUGGGAGAAAGGAACUACACUUUGCUGGCAGUGACGUGGACUCAAGGUCAGCUGUCACAGAACCCACAGGAGCCUCACAUGGCAAGCUAUGACAUUACAUUGGAUUACGACAUUCCCGUGGACCAGAUUCCGGACACGACUCAGGGAAGAGCCUUUUUCAUCUCGACCAUCAUCAUCGCCAUCGUUCUGGUGUGCAUCAUGCUCGUCUGUGGCAUCGGGAACUGCGUCUUCAUCGUCACGUUAGUGCGUUACAAAAAACUCCGCAAUAUCACCAACCUGCUCAUCGCAAACCUAGCGGUGUCGGACUUCCUGGUGGCGGUCGUGUGCUGCCCGUUCCUGGUGGAUUACUAUGUCGUUAAGCAACUCUCCUGGGACCAUGGGAUUUUCCUGUGCAUUUCGAUCAACUACCUGAGGACAGUGUCUCUCUACGUGUCCACCAACGCCUUGCUGGCCAUUGCUGUAGACAGAUACCUGGCCAUCGUGCAUCCUCUGAAGCCGAGAAUGAAGUACCAGACGGCCUACUGGCUCAUCUUCGGAGUCUGGAUCUUCCCGGUCCUCAUCUCCGUCCCAUCGGCCUACUUCGCCACGGAGCACGAGUACCCUCAGGGCGCUGUCGCGCACGGCAGCAAGAUCUUCUGCGCGCAGAUCUGGUCAGCAGACCAGCAGCUUCUCUACCGCUCUUACUUCGUCUUCAUUCUGGUCGUGGAGUUCGUAGGACCCGUGGCCGUCAUGGCAUCGUGCUAUGCUCGGAUCUCACGUGAACUCUGGUUCAAGAACUUUCCAGGGUUUCCGACCGAGCAGCUCGAGCGGCGUUUGCAGCGUAGGCGACGCACCGUCGUCGCUCUGAUUUCCGUCCUCGUGGCUUACGUGCUUUGCUGGGCGCCGUAUUACGGCUUUGCGCUCCUGCGGGAUUUCUACCCGUCGGUGAUUACGCGAGAGCGCAAUUCGCUGGUCGCGUUCUACAUCAUCGAAUGCAUCGCCAUGAGCAACGGGGUCAUCAACACGCUGUGCUUCGUGAGCGUGAGGAACAACGCUGCGAAGUGUCUCAAGAAGGCCAGACGUGCGCGGUGGCACGUCGUGUCGAGGAACGCCGCCGUCGCCGGUGUGAAGAUGGUGGUCGAGGGCGAUAUGAGGACUUCUUCGCUCAAAGUGACGGAGGACGUGGAAUGUACACGAAUAAGAUGAAGAGAUGAAAGGUCUGGAGGAGGAGGACGAGGACAGAGCUCCUGGUGGGACCCGAUCAAAUCAACUCCUUAACAUUAAACGAGAGAGAAUUCACAUAAGGCUACUCAAAGAUCGGAUACCUCCGCCUUGAGAUAGAUGAUAAAUAAAACGAAUAAAUACAGGAUCUACACUCUUUAAAAAAUGCUUUCUUUUUUAUAAAGUUCGACAUCCACGAAAGCAGAGUAUUUCCAGUGGUCAGGACGAACGCAAGUAAAAACUUACCUCCCAGGAAAUGCCAACUCACCGAAGGGGAAAGGACACCAGGCGUGAGAAAAACGCACAUUUGCGUCUGGUAGCGGUUACUCUGGCUUUGUGUGACUUCUGAAGCAUUCGACUUUCCUCGGAAGCGAGAAGUCGGAUCAUUUUUGACCUACAAAAAGUGUGUGUGUGUGUGUGUGUGUGUACUUCUUUGGUUAGCAACAAGCUAGCCAGCUAACUGUUAUGAGUGAUGUACAUCUACCGCUUCAAAUCCGUGAACUGUAACCUCAGCGUUAUAGCGUCGAUAAGCUAAUAUGUCCGUACGUUGUUCCCGGAUGGGAACUCCGAGUAAAGGGGGCGCUUUCUUGGAGAUCAGAAACGAUGAGGUUUCACUUUGUGAACCAAAAGAAGAUUCAGGGGGAAAAAAAUCGUUCUUGUUUUUUGUUUUUUUUUUCCUCUUUCUGUUUGCUAGGAUGUUCAAAAUCAUUUGCUACAGCGUAUUUUAUAGUUUCUACCGGUAGUAGGAUUUUAGUUUAUAUAUUGAUGUAAAUUUUAUUAUUAUUAUUAUUAUUAUUAUUAUUAUUACGCUGUCAAAUAACAUACAGGUACACCGUGAACAUUGUUGGGAUGAAAGUUUACUAAAAGAGCACGGAGUAAGAACGUUCGUUUAAAUAAAAGCUUUUGCAACAUAACGGGAAAGUAACGCUAAGCAUACAGAAGAGUGUUAGGCAACGAUGUUCCUACUGUGAAAUUGUGAACUUUAAGGCUACAGAUUUCUUCAGUAUUGAGUAAUGACUCCAGAGAGACUGGUGUAAACAUUCAGGGAAAAAAAAAACAACAAAAAAACCAACAACAACAGUCAGG